UUUUGCCAGGUUGUAAGUCGGCGAUCCAAUGGCACUUACAAUGGGUCUGAGUGGGAUGGAUCGCCGACUUACAACCUGGCAAAAUUUCUGGCUACACAGCUACAAACCCACAUUGGGCUCACUGCACAUUAUAUCAAGGACUCUACACACUUUAUAGAAAAGAUCAGCAACCUCAAUCUAAGCACCAAGGACAUCCUGAUCAGCUUUGAUGUGGUGUCCCUUUUUACCAAAGUCCCAGUAGCUGACACCCUCACACUAAUCAAACAAAACUUCCCAGAAGACAUCACAGCCCUGUUUCACCAUUGCCUCACCACUAGCUACUUUCAGUGGGACACUGGAUUCUAUGAACAGAAGGAUGGAGUGGCCAUGGGGAGCCCUCUCAGCCCAGUAGUAGCAAAUUUCUAUAUGGAAUACUUUGAAAAACAGGCCCUAGAAACAGCACCAAAAAAGCCAACUGUUUGGUUCAGAUACGUAGAUGACACCUUCACGAUUUGGAGCCAUGGAGAGGAAGAACUCAGCAAGUUCCUGGACCAUCUUAACAGCAUCCACCCAAACAUCCAAUUCACCAUGGAAAAAGAAAAGGAAGGAAAACUGCCAUUUCUAGAUGUUCUGGUCAUCCGCAAACCCAAUCAACAAUUGGGCCACACAGUUUACAGAAAACCUACACACACAGAUAGAUACCUUCAUAAAAACUCCAACCAUCACCCAAGUCAAAAAAGGAGCACAAUCAAAGCCCUGACAGACCGUGCACAAAGAAUCUGCGAACCUCACCUCCUCCAAGGUGAACUCAACCACCUAAACUGGGCUCUACAGGCCAAUGGAUACUCCACCACAGACAUCAGAAGAGCUGCAAGGCCAAGAACAAGCCAUGAGAGUCAAGACAAAGAUCCACCCAGAGGAAAGGUGUUCUUACCAUACAUCAAGGGAACUACUGACCGCAUAGGGAAGCUGAUGAAGAAGCACAACCUACAAACCAUCUACAGACCCACGAAGAAAAUCCAACAAAUGCUACGGUCAGCGAAGGACAAGAGGGAUCCUCUCUCCUCUGCAGGAGUCUACCGGAUACCAUGCAGCUGUGGACAAGUCUACAUAGGGACCACCAAACGCAGCGCCCAAACAAGAGUCAAAGAACAUGAAAGGCACUGCAGACUAAUUCAACCAGAGAAAUCAGCCAUAGCAGAGCAUUUGAUGAACCAGCCUGGACACAGAAUACUAUUUGAGAACACAAAAAUGCUGGACCAUUCUAACAACUAUCAUGUCAGACUACACAGAGAAGCCAUUGAAAUCCACAAGCAUGUGGACAACUUCAACAGAAAGGAAGAAACCAUGAAAAUGAAUAAAAUCUGGCUACCAGUAUUAAAAAACUCAAGAAUCAGAACAGUAAAUAAAAAGCAAUAUUCUGAAAACAGAGGAUUUCCAGACAUGAAUCAACCUAGGGCAGUUAACGACUCUAAACAAAGGAUGCCCCAGAGGCAGGAAGAAGACAGCAGAUAAGCUUUUCAAUGCUAAUUAAAGUGAUUAACUACACACAUUCACACUGACCUCUCUCACCCUAGACUUUCCACAGAUAUAUAUUUACCUCUUUGCUUAGUUUUCUCCAUACCUCACAACCUCUGAGGAUGCCUGCCAUAGAUGUGGGCGAAACGUCAGGAGAGAAUGCUUCUGGAACAUGGCCACACAGCCCGAAAGACACACAACA